UGACAUGAAUUUCGAAGAGGAUAACCGAAGAAAGGAAAUCUAAAUAUACGACAAACAGUGUAAGGUUUGGUAUGAGUUCUUGAAGGAACAAGCAAACAAAAUCAACAACUAUUUGAAUGAUACAAAAAGCGGAUUGGAUAGCUAUAAGUUGAAUUUGGAGGAGAGAUUAAAAGAGCUUGAUGAAUAAUAUGACUCUCAUUAUGAAAUCUUGGAUUCACUCCAAGAAUAGAUCUCUACCAUUGAAUAUUAUUAAGAAGUCUAAGAGGUAUUCCAUUUCCUUAUUGUACUCUAGUAAGAGAUUGAAGCAUACCGAAAUGCCAUCGAUUCUGCUCAAGAUGAGAAGGAUAAAUUCUCCAGAGAAACAUUACAAAAGGAGAAAGAGGAAUUGAUAACUUUGAUUUGUGAAAUGAAACACAGUAAAAUUGAAGAUUGGCUUAAAACAAUAAAGAAGGAUCUUCCAGACGGUGAUUUGAAGGAUAUUUUGAAGACUUGUUAUCGUCUCUUUUAUGGAGCUAAGACAUUUUCAUUGGAAGAAUUUAUCGAAAAUGUUUUGUCAAAGGGAGAAUCUAAAACUGAGGUCGAGGCACCAGCAAAUUGGAUUAAAGUAUCUUAUUAAUUUAUCCAAAGGAAAAAGGAUUACAAUAAUAAGGGAAUGAGAAACUUAAAUUUAAGUUGUCAUCCUUCCUAGCUAAAUUUGCUAUAUAUAAUAGAUAAGAAUUAAACAAAGACAGUCGUUAAAUGCUCAAACAAUUACUCGACUCAUAAUCAUAAAGAUAGAAAUAGGCAGUAGAAAUCAAAUUCCUCGUAUCAUUAUUAGAAAAAGUAUUCUUUUCAGUUUAACAUAGUUUAACAAUUGGGACAAUGCUAGUUCGGAUAAUGAUAAACUAGAACAAAAUAUCAAAGAAUUAGAGUAAACCUUAGAAGAAAAACAGAACUCACCAGAGUAUGUUCAACAACAAAACCAUCUCCAUUUUCUUUAAAAAGAGCGAGAAUUUACAAAUGAAAUGAUUGAAAAAAUUACUAAUGCUAGAUAAUCCUUAGAAGAACUGCUAUAAAGUUUCUCAAAAUAUGAAGAAUAUCAACAAUAAUAAGUUGAUGAGAUGCAAAGGACUGUUGAAUUUAAUUCCAGAAAUGACGAAAUAGAUGUUCUAUACGUAAAGGAAUAAAUUGAAUAAAAAUGAUUUAAUUUAUAUCUUAGAUAAUAAGC